AUGAAGACUGAGCAACUGGGAAAAAUUACAUGUAAAAAGCAAGAAAGUUUCCGUGGAAUACCUAUUACCAGUGCAUCCUAUUUUGCCACCAUGACGCUUGACCAAGUUCGGCACGUGUUUCGCUCUGACACGGAAGUGCCCAUACCUUUGAUUGAAGAGAGACAUCGGGUGCUGAAUGAAAGCGGAACGGUUUUGUUGGAGAAGUUCGGAGGCUCUUUCCUCAGCUGUGUUAAAAUGAGUGAGAAAAGUGCUCAGAAACUGCUACGCCUAAUACUGGAAAAUUUUCCUUCUUACAGAGAUGAAGCUGUAUUUGAGGAAAAAAAAGUGUCUUUUUACAAACGGGCACAAAUACUUGUGGCUGAUACGUGGAGUGUGUUAGAAGGCAAAGGAGAUGGCUUUUUUGAUGACAUUUCUAGUCUGACUAUAUUUGCUGACUACAGAAUUCCUCAAGUUCUUGUUCACUUAAAAGCAAUGAAGUAUUCUGAAGAACUAAUGAAGAAACUGCGUGAAGGCAACAAGGACUGCUUUACAUAG